GGUGAUUCAUGGAAUGGGAUGGAGAGGCUGAGGUUCCCCCCUGGCUGGCUGGCGCAGGGAUUAUAUGCGAGGGAAAAGUCCGCCGCUGCAGCCUAGGGGGCACUUCAGAGCAGGCGGCGGAGCCGGCAGAAAUUGCACAAGGGCUGGCAGGCGGCAAGGCGAAGACAAAGAGCACGCGGAGGGGGCGGCGUGGAGUGGGGGGCGGCGCAGCGGCGAGUUAAACCGGAGCGGAGAGGCGGGGAGCCUUUCGCCUCACGGGAUCGCCAGCAAGCGCGAAGCCGAGCCGUCGAAGCAGCGCGCCGAAGCCGGUCAUGGGGAAAGGCGAGGAGCAAGGCGGGAUGUGCGCCGAGCGGGAGGCGCCGAGCCCCUCGUACACCUGGGAGGAGAUCCAGAAGCACAACGUGCACACGGACAAGUGGCUGGUGAUCGAGCGGAAAGUGUACAACAUCACCCAAUGGGCCAAGCGACACCCGGGGGGGCUGCGCGUGAUCAGCCACUACGCCGGCGAAGAUGCCACGGUAAGGGGCUCCGGCUGCCGGUGCCGCUGGCAGGGCGCAAAUGGCUGCUGCCGCCCGGCUCCUGCGCCGCCGCUCACCUGCUGCUGCUGCUGCUUUGAAGAAGGGAGGGAACCGGCGGCAGCCGCAGGGCUGGCAAAUCCGCAGCGCGGAGCUCGCUGCAGCCGCAGGGCUGGCUGGAACCGCCGUUUGGCAUGAAACGGGGACUGGAUGCAAAAAGAGAAUGGGGUGCUUGCAAGCUGGAAGGUUGCCGGCGGCUGGGAGGCUGCAGAAGGAGCAUUGUAGCAAUGCAAGAGCGGGGAGGAGAGAGGUUUGCCUGCAGGCCGGCCAAAGAGCUGCGCUCGGGUGGCUCUUUCUGCAAGGGUUUUUCCCCUGAGACUCCCCCCCCCCCACGUAAGGAAAGGAGCUGGUGGCGUCCUCCCCUCGCCCGGGCAGCUGCUUCUGCAGCUAGUGGUUGGCUAGCCUCAUUCCACCCCCCCCCCAACCGGGCUCCUGUUUCAGUAACGGCAGCAGAGGAGGCAUAGCGGCGGCGGGAAGGAGCAAAACCAGGAUGCCUUUGCAAGAUUAGUAGCUGCGGCUCCUGAAAGCGCAAGCUGCAGGGGAGCAGCCGGCCAGCGGAGGCUUAGCUCCGGGCAGGACGCACAGCGCGGGGAAGGUAGUCGCGUGUUAAGAACUGUGCGGCUCAAAGCAAAGGCCCGUCUCGCCCAGCAUCCUGCUUCCCAAAGUGGCCAGUCAGAUCAUGUCUCUGAGGAGCCCACAGGCUGGACAUGGGCACAAGAGUUGCAGCUCUCCCCAGCUGCUAUUCCCUAGCGACUGGACUCCUGAGGCCCGCUGGUCCUGGAGGGAGUCUGUCGGUUGGUGGCCUUAUUCUCCAUGAAUUUGUCUCUACCCUUUUUUUAAAAAAAGCCACCGUAGUUGGGGGUCCUCCUCACAUGUUGUGAUAGUAUUCCAUAGUUUAACCAUACAAGCUUUGAAAAAGCACUUUUGUCUACCCAGGUUCUGGUUUAGUGGAUUACGACAGGAGAAGAGAGGUUUGGGGAAAGUGGCCAACUAGAUGCCUGUGGGAAACAAGUUGUAUAAGUGUGUGUGUGAGAGAGAGAGAGAAUGAGAGAGAGAGAGAGAUGAAUGAAGCGGUAGAGGGAAGACAUAGCAGAGAGGAGGGGAAGCUGUGCUGCUCCUCACUUCUGACUUUAGCCCUGUCCACCGCUUGCAUGCGCCCCUGAUCACUUUCCCUCAAGUGAAUGUGGACCUCAGCUUCAAAAAGUUUGCCCUAACUGCAUCCCAUUAAGAUAAUUGUAUACUGCUGCGUCUCUCUAUUUGACCAGACUUCCUUUAUGCCCACCUUUCUAUGAUUGCUUUUGAAACCAAGCACCCCACUCCCUCUAUCAUAGCUUAGAGACCAUAUCUGCACAUGGCAUCCUCUGUGGAUUUGCUUGGCAUGUUCAUUCCCCCUCCCAUGGCCCUUUGGGCUAUCACUGCCUACUGGAUGCUCAGCAUCUUGCUGUAUCCCAGCCCUAUCUGAAUGACCAGAAACUUUUUAUUUUUUUACUCUCAUUCCAUUUGGGGGUAUUUCAUUCUGAACUGGAUAUUUCCCCAGCUUCUGCUGGCCUUCCCCCAGGAGCCUGCAAGCUUUUAGAUACCAAGGUCCAUUUAUGUUCAAGAGGACCCACAGUGGGAAACAGAAAACUGAACUAGAUAGGCCUUUUGUAUAAUAAUAAUUAUUAUUAUUAUUAUUAUUAUUUAUUAUUUAUACCCCGCCCAUCUGGCUGGGCUUCCCCAGCCACUCUGGGCAGCUUCCAAGAAAUAUUAAAAUACUGUGAUACAUCAAACAUUAAAAGCCUCCCUAAACAGGGCUGCCUUCAGAUGUCUUCUAAAAGUCUGGUUGUUGUUGUUCUCUUUGACAUUUGGUGGGAGGGCGUUCCACAGGGUGGGCGCCACUACCGAGAAGGCCCUCUGCCUGGUUCCCAGUGAGGGAACCACCAGAAGGCCCUCGGUGCUGGACCUCAGUGUCCGGGUAGAAUGAUGGGGGUGGAGACGUUCCUUCAGAUAUACUGGACCGAGGCCAUUUAGGGCUUUAAAGGCCAGCACCAACACUUUGAAUUGUGCUCGGAAACGUACUGGGAGCCAAUGUAGGUCUUUCAAGACCGGUGUUAUAUGGUCUCGGCAGCCACUCCCAGUAACCAGUCUAGCUGCCGCAUUCUGGAUUAGUUGUAGUUUCCGGGUCACCUUCAAAGGUAGCCCUUUGUAGGUGUAUGAGGUCUUUUUAUCAUUUCAACCACCUGGAUAUGCCCAUUAAUAGAAGCAGGAAAUGCAGGGAGAUUGUGUGCCAGCAGGUGGGAUGUAGAAGGUGAUGGGACUCAGCAAUGUGUUCCAGCUGCAUUUUCUGCUCUGGAAACCUUUCCUCAGGUGAAUGUGGUUUGUAGUUACCUGAUGAUGAAGGAAAGCCUCUUUGCAUGUGCUCAGAGGCACUGUUUUCUACUUUCUUCUUCCAUCUUAUUUUUGAAACUGAGUGCAGGGGAAGUAUUCUGGACCUGAGAGGCACUGAGGACAAAUCCUAAAUGUGUUACAGCUGGUUGUGAUCACUCAUGGGAAAGUGAAGCACCCUGGCAAUACUCAGAGCAUCAUUAUUGUUUUCCAUCAUCCCCAUUGAUCAUACUGCUUGGGGUUGAUGGGAGUCCAGCAUACCUGGAGGGCUACAGGUUCCCAGCUUUAUUCCCAGUAUCUAAAACAGAUCUUCAAAAGUGAGGAUGAAAUCACACAUUCAUGUAAUGCAGCAAAGUCCACCUUCAGAGGUGGCAGGUGAGUAUGCCUUUUGUUCUCCACCCUUCUACAUGCAUGUCAGACAGCAUGUGUACCAGUAACUUCUAGGAGUGUAUUUGCAAACAGUUGUGUUAAUCAAAAGCAGCCACAGGCUUUCACAUAUAGAGAAAAUGUGAAUCUGUAUCAAGUCAUGGCUCCAUUAAGUCUCUCUUGUGCUUCUCCAUUGGUUGUGUCUAUCUGUCAUACAGGAUGAACAAGAAUUGUAGCCAGAACGGAUGUUUUUGGCCAGGUACCUUGGCUGCAUGUUUCUGGCUGUGGUUACUUCUGUCCACUGUCUAUAAAGCACUCGCUGCAUUUUGUGUUCUUGGGAAGAACUACAUGCUUUCAGCUUGUCAUUCUUCGAAACACAGCCAUCAUGUAUUAAAAUCAAUUGGUCCAGAUGUCCUGCCAAUCUGCAAGUUUUAUUGUUAAAUCAUUUACAUUGUAAUUUUCAUUUCCCACUCAUCUCUGAACUUCCCAAACUGAAACACACAGUGAUUCUAUUGUCUUUGUUGUCUUAAAUCACAGUGGGGUUUUUCAAAGCAACAUUUAAAAAGAAGACUGAAGAGACACAAUGAGCUGAAAUGUCUGGAUUGUGUGAUUCUGUGGAGCAACGUUUUAAAAACAAAUUACCUCCUUUAUUUUAUGUAUUGUUGUGCUUCUUAGUCUCAAAUCAACUUAACAAUAUAUAUAUAUGAAGUCAAAUAAAAACCAGGAAAUUUAAACACAGUGUACAAUACAAAAUAAUUAAAAUGCUCAUCCAACACAAUAAGGUUAAAACCUAUCUCAUAUCAGUAAAAGGUAAGCACCACAGUAGAAGCUGGUAUAACUACCAAAGGCUUAGGCAGAUAAAAAUGUCUUGGCCUGGCCCAUAAAAACCAAGGCACCAGGCAUGUUUCCCUGGGGAGAACAUUCCACGCACAGGAAGAACCACUACCAAAAAGGCCUGUUCUCAUGUGACCACCUUCCACAGCUCCCUUGGAUAAGGCGCAUAAAGAAGGGUCUUUGAUGAAGAUUGUUUGCUCUGAGCGGAUUCAUAUUGGGAGAGGCAGCCUUUGCGGUAUUGUGGUCCUGAGCGGCAUAUGGCUUGAUAGGUUAAAACUAGCACUUAAUUGAAUUGGGAAACUCAUCAGUAGCCAAUGCAGUCAGGCCAGAAUCAGUGUAAUGUGCUCAGACCUUCUGGACCAAGUCAGUAAUCUUGCGACUGCAUACUACACUAGCUGUAGUUUCCAAAGUGUCUUCAAAGGCUGCCCAGUGUAAAAUGCAUUGCAGUAAUCUAACCUAGAGGUUACCAGAUAUGACAGUUUCCCAACUUGCAGAAGCAAGUUUGAUGGCUCCCAGCUUUUGUCACUGGUUUAGCUGCAUUGCCUUUUCAUCCCUUCUAGGAUUUCAUGAAUGCUCUUUCUCCCAAAUGUUGUACAUCCACUACAAAGCUAUCAGUCUCAUGAACCAGCACAUGUGGAAGUGUUUGUACUUAUGGGGGUGGGGGGACACACAGAGCCAAAUCUGCAGCAUCAUGUUCUUUCAAGUGUAUUGUUGAAGGUGACCAUUGCUUGCUUGCUUGCCACCAUAAUUCUGUUUGAACUUCAGGAGUGUGGUGACAGGCCUGAUCACCUUCUUUAGGAUGUUGCAAGCUAGUUUUUCAUUUUGGGUGAGGCAAUGAUAGAGACUUACGGUACCUUGUAUAUAUACACACACAAACACACACACAGUUUGAGCAGGUAGCAAGGAAGCUGAUAGUGCAAGCCCCAAAGUCACAUCGAGCCCUUGAAGCUUCCGCCAGCCAAUUCCAAGACCAUAGGACUGUCUCCUGUUUGGCCAGGUUCAGACUGCAUAAACCCUUACUGCAAGUGUGACUUCAUUCACAGUGCAUUUUUGAAGCCAUUUAGUGCUUCCCAAGGAGAUGCCACUGUUGCUUGCCAUCUGCUAGCAAUGUGUUCAAGAACCUAGAAAGAGAUGGAUAUCUGUUCAACAAAAUAGCAUGGCUGCUUUGCAAAGAAAAUGUGGUGUGCAUGCAGUAUAUGAGUCUGACAUAUAAGUCAGAAAGGCCUAUGAUCCCAGAAUAUGAUCCCAGUAGAGGGCUUGCCAGGUCCUUUAAUCCAGUGCUAGCAAGGUACAGUUACUGGGUUGUAAUGAAGACCAUUAGUCGGUUCCCAGGAGGCUCAAAUUUUCCCUAGCAUUAAACAGUGCUUAUCCAGUAUCUUUUGUAAGGCCAAUUGUCAUCUCCCUAAACACUUAGCUGUUUCUUUGGUGGGCAUUGUGUGACUCAGCAGCAAGCUUCCCUGGCUUGCCCCCCCCAUCCCACAACCUUUCAUUUUCCUUCCAAGCCACUGUACCAUUUGUUUUGGGUAUCAGAGGGGGCUGAAGUAUGUGGGAAGGGUUUCUUUCCUUCACUUUUUUCAGGUUUAUACUCGUUUCAAAAGGAGGAGGAAGAAGUCCAGUGAUGCUGCAUCCAGUGUUUUGACAGGGAGUGGCACAAAGGGCCUGCCCACAUAAUGGUUGUCUAUACUCCCCUUGUUUGGCUUUAUAUUAUACAGUGCAGAUAGCUCUCUCAAAUCUGAUCCUCUUUCAGUGACAGUAGGAGUUUUGUGCUGCAGGCUGAAAAUUGUGCUCCAGUACCCCCAACAACGCCUGUUCACCACAUGGAAAAAUUUGGUACCAAUUAAAGGUGAAGCCUUCAUUUCAUGUAGACUCUGGAAGUUAAUGAGCACACCAAAAUGUUCAUCGUCUGGGUGCGCCCAGCCUUAGAUUAUGUUGCCGCAAGGUGAAUUAGCAAUGCACAACUUUAAGCAAGAGUGUUGUCUGCUGGGAAUUAGGAAGGAGUUAGGGAUUUUAUAUGGCUCUAGGGGAAGAUAAGGAGUUGGAAAUUUCCCUCAGUUACAAAUCCUUUAGGUUUAUGCACAUGCUUGUUCGUUUCUUGAUGACUGCAGAUUCAGGUAGCAGCUUGCACACAGAGAUCACAUUUGGUGAUAAAAUUUCCAUGGUGCCUCACAUUUAUGCUUUAAUAGCUAUCCUUAUCUGUAUAUUAUUUCCUAUCUUGUUUUCUCCUUUCCAGCAUUUUCUAAUUUAUUUUCUCCUUGUCCCCUGUUCCAGUGCUUUUCCCAAGUGAAUUAAGCUGCUGAAGCUAAUCUUGCUAAUUAAGGUUUCCUUUUUUUCCAUAAGCAAGGACAACAAAGGACUCAUUAGAGACAAUGACUUGAGUCAGACCAGUCCCUAGGAAUAAAGCACCAUAAGAUUAGGAUUCCUAGUUCUGCCACCCACUCACUCUUUGGCUGUGAAAAUAUCAUGUUGUUUUCUGUUUGCUUAUCUACUAAUAAAUAUGCUGGAAGAUGGAGAUUUUCAAUGUAAUAUACUAGUGCGUGUGUGUGUGUUGGGAAUGUGUAAUCAGAAGGAAUAUUAUUUGAUUUCUACAAUAAAGCCCCGUCUGCACAAUACAUCUAAACCAGUAUCACCACCUUAAAGUCAUGGCUUCCCCUAAAACAGGCAUCCCCAAACUUGGCCUUCCAGAUGUUUUGGGACUACAAUUCCUAUCAUCCCUGACCACUGCUCCUGUUAGCUAGGGGUGAUGGGAGUUGUAGUCCCAAAACACCUGGAGGGCUGAGUUUGGGGAUGCCUGCCCUAAAGUGUAGUUUGUUAAGGGUGCUGAGACUUGUUGGGAGACCCCAAUUCCCCUCACAGAGCUACAAUUCCCAGAGUUCCCUGAGAAGAGGGAUUGGUUAUCAAACCACUCGGGGAAUUAGCUCUGCACUGGCUCAUGCAGGAUUUUUGCAUGUAGAAAGAAGUUUCUAGAUCCUAAAGGGAAAAUGAUUAUGAGAUAUAAGGAAGAGUGGGUAACAGCUCUUUGAACAGCAAUUGUAUAUUUCUUCAUUCUAGGAUGCAUUUAAGGCCUUUCACCCUGAUCCUGUGUUUGUGAGAAAGUUUCUUAAGCCAUUAUUGAUUGGAGAACUUGCCCCAGGAGAACCCAGCCAAGACAGAGGCCAGAACGUGAGUAAGAGCAAUUUUCCCUAUGUGUUCAGUGAAUAUUUGAAGGAUGGCACUGGGCUGUUUGCAGAAGGGCUUUCAAACAGCCCUCUGGUUUUCAGACGUUCAAGGAGCAGUACUGUGAGGGAGAAGUGCUUUCCAUAACCACAGUUUCAAUGGAAACCACUUUCCCCUCUUGGAGCAAGUUUCUGCCAGCAUGUUCCUGCCAGCCAUCAACUGAUGGCCGAUGAAAGCGUGUCUUGCUCCAGCAAAAGAGCAAACAGGAGUUCCCCUUAAAGUGCCCAUUGUUCCUUUUAGGCUUUGUCCUUACUUGCCUCACACCUAAUGUCAUAUAUGAUGUCAAGUUCAUGAUGAGUGGAUAUGGCUUGGCCAAAACAACCUUGCGACCCAAAUAGGGAUGCCAUCAGGCUAAGUUUGGCCCACGGGCCAGAGGGUCUGCACCCCUGAUCUGGAGUCAGUUUUCUUUUUUGUGUUUUACUCUACAUUAGUAUCUCUCAUGAGCUUGUUCUGUAAAGUGUGUCACAAUAUUUGAAGUGGUUAUUUGGAGGACAAACGUUCAUUGGAGACUGAAGAAUUGCACUGAGUGUCGGAAGGGGAGUAUCUUACAGACAAUCCAGCCUAUCCCAGGCAAAUCUGUUUAAAAGCUGAAAUUAUUUAUCCCAUGGGAGAAACUUGGUGAAGAUGAAUUAGUAGGGCUGCCACUUACUUUUUUAAAUAUGGUAACCAUAGCCUGGCUUCUGCAAAGUGCAGUCCUACCUCACAAGCUCUGGGAGUUCUUUGUAUGUGGAUAGGCAUGAACCAGUGACAGUAGCAUGCACUUGGAGGCUGCAGGCCCAAAUUCGAUAUUUUCCUGCAAAGUAAUAUACCUUGAGACUACACAGAUAUAUUGAUCAGAGUUUAAACUAGUCUGUGGAUACCCAAGAAAGAAAACAGGAUAGCAGUAGAAAACACAGAAAAUAUCAGCACAAUGAUUAUGCCAUAACGCCAGAUUCAGGGUUUCUGUGUAGACAUUUCUAUAGGGUCAUAAAAUACAUUAUAGGAUUGAGGUGUCAAAGAAAGCAUAGAACAUUGAUUCAUCUGAGGAUUAAAUAGUACCAUCCAGAACUGUAUCAAGGGUUGUAAUACAGUGGAUAUUUGACACUGUAGACCAAUAGGAAGAACUGAUACUGCAAGACUUCUUGGGUUUCAGCUUGCCUUUGCUUUAUUUGAACUGAGGUACUAUGUCCCUGGAGUCUACUGCUACCUCCUUUUGCUGUAUGUGCAAAAAAAGGCUUUAGGGAAGGUGUAAUAUUUAGUAAACUUCAGGUUUAGAGGUUUCCCUUUUCUCAGAUGGGCUUAGGACAAUGUAAGUCCAACCUACCAACAUUGACUUUGCUUAAUAAAUGCUGUAUCUUAGAAUCCUCCAAAAAGAACUAGAACAAUGAUUUGAUGGGAAAUUGUGACGAUAAUUCCACCACCACCCAAGGUCACACAGGCUGUAAAAAGAAAGAAAAGGAAUUGUAAAGAAUAAAGCAUGAGGCGGACACAAGUUUGCAAUUAACUUUCCAUUUGAAAGCCAUCCCUAGCUAUUAGAUGAGCUGUUUUGUUAGAUGCCUUAAUGAGGAAUGGGGGAGGGACACAUCUCCAGAGACAUGUGGCUUCAGGAGUGCUUCUGACUGCCUUUAAUGUGCAGAUAAUUUAUUCUUUAUUUAUUAAGCUUAUUAGUCGCUAGUCACCCUAAGGUCUCCAAGCAACUUAACAUUAAACAAAAAUAUAUGCAAAUGCCAUACAAUUUUUUUUUGGGGGGGAGGUUGUGAUAAAGAUAAAUGUAGUCCUGAAGAAAACAGGCUGCAAGAAACAAGCAGGGAGAGAGAAGGGAAGGCUGGAGGGAGACGACAUACGAAGACGAGAGACAGGAAAAGGAGCCUGCUGGAAAUAAACCUGUGACUUUUACACACACACACACAGAGAGAGAGAGAGAGAGAGAGAGAGCUUGAGAGAGAGAUUAGAUGAGUUGCUAUUAUGUCACAGAAUCAAUAUUCUGAAGGAAAACCUCACACAAGGCCUAGGUAUAGAAGAGGAGGCAGGGAGAAGGAGGGGGGAGUGUUGCAAAGAAACGAAGAGUCCUGAAUGUAAAUUAACCAAGUAACAUAAAACGUCCAGAGAAUUUUCAUGGGCCUGUCAGGAGUCUGUUCCCAGUACAACUGGCCACAUAACCAAACCAGUCGUCCAUAUAUAUUCCAAAUGGAUAGGAAACCAGCCAUGCGUAGAUCUCUCAUAAUCUGAAAUAUUAAGCUCUGGCCUGGAGGGCAGCUUUGCAAACAAGAUCCACAGAUGUCUUUCCCAUCGGGCCUCACGUCGCCGUGUCACUCAGGAUCCCUCAAAUCCCAAAUGUUCCGGCUAUCAAUUAUUCAGGCACUUCGUCCCACUUGGCUGAUUGCAAAAGGAAGCCCUUUCUGCCGCCUCUCGUUCUUGGAUGACUGCAUUGAUGACAGCCAGCCAGUGUCUAAACAUUAACCUGCAGGUGCCUCGUGAGCUGCUUUCCCUCAGGAACACCACUCUGCAGAGCUGAGGGCUUCCUAUGCCAAAGGGAAUAGCGGUUCAGACUACAUUUCAGCAGGCAGCAGGGUUUCCUAGAAAGCUUAUCAGAGACUCUUCCAUGAGGAGUUCAGUACUGUAAUGGCAGACCAGAUUUUGUGAAAGAAAUCUUGACCUCCCCUAGUAAGGUGCAAAGCAGAAGACCAGAUUUUUUUCAAUGAAUCCAGGGACACUUUUCAACUUCAAUGGAAUUUGUCAGGGGACUGAUUUGUAAAUCCGGGGACUGUCCCCGGGAAACGGGGGCAUCUGGUAACCUUUUCUAGGGUGCAUUCACAGUCAGUGCAGUGCAGUGCAGUGACAAACGCUGAGAGUCUUGGAUGAUUUUUGCUGCAAACAGAGGCUGUGCUGUUCCAAAAUCUAUUCCCGCAGAAAGGGGUAUUUUGGAAAACAAAUUGGGGCUGCAGGCAGGGGCAGUUGGAAAACGGUUGAGUUUUAUGCUGCAGUAUUUCCACAGUUUUGCAGAACUGAGUCUGCAUAACUGUCUACAGACUCCUCCCCCCCUCCGCUUCGCCCCCACUUUCCUUACGAAGCUUCAGCAUUGUACCCUUGCCAAGGUUAUAAUGGCCCUUUCUUGUGUGGUUAUUAUUGUUUUUUAAAGCGGGGUGGGAAAUAGACAAAAUAAAUUGGGAAAUGUGGAAAUGGCAGGCACUUCCUUCACUCAUGGAUGGGCUUUUCUGGAUGUUUGUGUGUGGGAGAGUCUGUUUUGUGUUCUUUCUCAUCGAGAGAGAUGCAUUUGUUCAGAGAGGGAGAGCCAUCUUGCUGUUGCCAAAAACACUGGCAUAUAAUUUUCUUUUACACAAUUUGCAAUCCAAAUAAAAUUAGUGUGCCUAAGUCCCUUUGGUAUCUAGAGGACCUCUUUUAAUAUCCUUUUUUUUCUACUUUGCAGUCUCAAUUGGUGGAAGAUUUCCGUGCCCUGAGGAAGACAGCAGAAGACAUGAACUUAUUCCAAGCGGAUCCUGUGUUUUUUUCGCUUUACUUGGGUCAUAUCCUUGUGAUGGAGGCUCUGGCUUGGCUUAUGGUUUCAUACUGUGGUACUAAUUGGAUUACAACCUUCCUCCUUGCCAUCGUCCUUGCAGUUUCCCAGGUGAAACUUGGUUCUAUGGAUAUUGAAUGGGCAGUCACCUGCCUCCUAGUUCAUCCAUGCCUUGAAAAUUACAUACUGUCACUGCUUCAAAAAGGCACUGAAGAUAGCAUGGAACAACUUGUAACUUAUUAAUUGCCAAUCUUUACUGGAAGGGUGGGCCAUCUUUAAUACUGUGUUGUGUUUCAUUCCCUAUUAUAAUACAACUGAAUCAAAAUACCCUCAAAAAAUAAACCUACAAUUUGUAUUGUGAUGAAACACAAUAUGUAAAAAAUAAAAUAAGCAAUAAAAGAACAAUUUAAAAAACCAUACAGCAUCUAACCAUACAGCACAUUACAAUUGCUAGAACAGCCAGGGAAAUCGUUAAGUGGUCCACAAAGCCCUGCAACAAUUUUCAAGUGGUCCAGAGUGGGGAGAAGUUUGGGAACCAUUGAUGUAAAGGAAACUGAAGAGAAAGCACUUAUAGUUAGGUUUUGAUAUAAAGUUUCUCUUAGGGAUGCCUUUCCUCUCUCUCAUGAUCAUUCUCUUUCCUCCCAAGGCCCAGGCUGGAUGGCUACAGCAUGACUUUGGACACCUCUCUGUGUUUAAGAAGUCUACAUGGAACCACUUAGUUCAUAAGUUUGUGAUUGGUCACUUGAAGGUAAGGUCAUUUCCCAUUAAGGAAAUAACUGCAGUAAGAAAUGAUGGGGUUAAGGUUGCCAUCUUUCUCCUGGCAGGAGUGUGUCUUUAAAAACCUCUGAACUGACAAAGAUCCCAAGGAUCAUGCAUUCCCCAUCACUGGGAAGUGCUGUGCCUGUUGGAUUUCUGCCUGUCAUGCAGCUUUUAAGGGAGCAGGACAAAAAGAGCACAAUCUUAGCUGGAGGCUAGCUUACUUCACUCUUCCAAGUGAUAAAAAACAGUAAAUUCUAGCUCUUGUGUCUGAUUGCUUUAGCAAGGAAUAAGCUGAAAUGAAUCUAUUCUAGAUGAACAGGUUGUUGUGCCCACAGAGGGUAUAGCUUGUGAACUGACAUAAAUGUAUCUCAAGCAAUAUAUAUGUAUAUAUAUAUAAAUUCCCUUCAAAAUCUGAACCAUUAGCCACAGUCAAACUUGUAUGACUAUAUUAUUCCCUUUAAGUUUGUUAAGGAAUCCUGACGGAGAAUGGUAGAAUAACUAAAGGAACAAGGCUACCCGUUGUCACCUUUGUUGUUUAUAAUAGUUUGGAAGUAUUGAUGCAAAGAAUAAGAUGUAAUCAAGAUAUUAAAGGUAUAAGAGUGGGACAGAGACAAUAUAAAUUAAAAGCAUUUGCAGACAACGUGGUGAUAUCUGUAGAAGAUCCAAUAGAGUCAAUCCCGAAAGUAUUACAAGAGAUUUUUAAAAAGAGUAUACAUAUAAAGUAGAUGAAUAAAUGAGCAAAUUAAGUUAAUUUGGAUAUGCAGAAAAUAUUAAAAAUAAAUCUAAGGAACUGCAGAAAGAGGGGGAAGAAAGUCAUGUUUUGAAAUAUUAAAAUGAUUGUAAAAUAAUUGAAAUGUAUAAAAUUGAAAAAAAAUAAUGGAAUCAGUGUGUGGACAUUCCGGAUCAAAGCAUGUCUCACCUGUUUUACCCCAAAGUGAGGGAUUUUAUAAAUUCAGAGCUCAGAAGCUGGAAGAUCUGAGUCCAAGAGAUUUCACAAUAAAUACAAUGAGUUUAGAGGCUCAAGAGCUCAGGAUGAGGAAAUCACUUCUUGCAAGAAUCCAUUAAUAGGCUGAAGAGCUAUGGCAGAAGAUAAGGAUCGAGCCAAUAAUAGUUACCACCUUUUAACCAACAGAGGGCCUGUGCCUGAAAGGCAGAAAUUCAACAGAUCUAGCCAGCCAAUCACAGCUAAGAACCACCAACUUGAAAUACUCCAGGAGAAUCAGUAGUAUGUCACCUAGGACUGUCAACUCCCUCCCCCCCCCUCCAGCUCCUGUGCCUUUAGCAGCAACCUGACACACAGAUGGAAAGCAGAUUAAGCUUUUCCUGGUGUGGAGAUAAAGUGUCAGGAAAAGCUUUGUUGCUGCAGUUACCAGGCAACUGUUAAAGAAACAGAGCAGCAAGACUAGCAUCACCUGGAAUGGACAUUCAUGGCCAUUCUUUUAUGUACCUCCUUUCAGAUUAUCAUUCAAGAUCACAAACCAUGGAGCAGUAAGGAAUGCUGGCUGGAGCAGUUUAUCCUUGCCACAUAAAACCCAGAUAAGGCUUUUGGGACUGGCUAGCUAAUUUCUCAAUAAUGCCCACAUUGUUUGCUCCAAGCUGUAGGCUUCCUUGCUUUCCUCUGGGGACCUCCAGGGUCUAUGAAUAGGUGUUGUACUUGCUUUCCAUAAAUAUGGCCUGGGGCUGGAAUUGAAAGCUUCUUUGUGAGCAAAGGCUUUCUGUCUGUCCUGAGUUUUUGGAAAUGAUCUGGAGCAGCCCCAACAGCCAGCUGGCCUACCAGGCCAGUGAUGAGCAGCAAGCUGGCCUUCUGGUCCGCCGCUUUAAAUUGGUACUCAAACCUCAAGAGGAAAAAGGAGCUAAGAGUUUGAGGGAGCCAAACUGACUAUUGUACCUAGUUCCCAGCCCCUUUCAUUAUUAUAAUAUUGCAUGGCAUCUUUUUGUGUACACGAAUGCAUUGAAAAAGCAGAGUUCCCCAUGUACCGUGCAAAUCUUUUCUUCCUGCAGGGCGCCUCAGCAAACUGGUGGAAUCACCGUCACUUCCAGCACCAUGCGAAGCCAAACAUCUUCAAGAAGGAUCCGGACGUGAACAUGGUGCACCUCUUUGUCCUGGGAGACACGCAGCCUGUCGAGGUAAGAAGAGGGGGUGUGAAAUCAAGUUGCAUUUUGUUUCCAAGAGUUGGGAACCCGCUUCGCAUGUUUGUGGGGGGACGGGAACCCAGCACAGUUAUGUGGCACCUCAAUGACUAGCAAACAAGAGGGGCAAAACUCUUUCGCAGGCCAGUUUAUCUGGACUUUGUGACUGGUCAAGUUUUGUAGGGGAAAACUGUCAUCCACAUUCUAAUCCGUGGCUUAAUACUGACCCUACCAGUUUUAGGACUCUGAAUUUCAUACCAGUUGGAUAUGAAUUAAAUGCUAUGGGUUGUAUCAAACAAAGCUGUCUCAUUAGUGCGAAGACUUCCACCUAUGCAAUGGGACUUCCUCUCCCUGUAAGUCUCUUGCCCGCCCCCAUCGGCUCUGGAGGAUUGGGGGCAUGCAAGGAGAGAGGAGGGGGAGGAAGUCCUGUUGCACAGUGGAACCCCUUGUGCUAAUAAUGGGAUGACUUCAUUAGGCACAACCUUGGAUUUGGAUGACAGAGCCAAUGACUCGGAGACUAUCUGCAAGCAACAAUAACAACAGAAUGGUUUUAUUAUUGUAUUAGUUAUAGGCUGCUUUUCAGGGCCCAUUAAGACACAAAUUAUUAAAACCAUAAAAUCAUGAUCUACAGCACAGCACAUCUGAAAACAUGAUGUUUGGCACAGCAUCACCAGAAUAAAACUGACCUAUCUUCAUCCAAAAGCUGACGGGGGGGGGGGGGGAGUCUUUAGAGUUCUCCUAAAAAGCAGUCACAUGUCAUGUUGAAGGCAGUUUCAUUCAUGUAUGGAACUGGCCAUUUGGUGCUACUGUGAGGCCAUCCUUGCUACUAUCAUACUUCCAUGUGAUAGCAAAGCUGGCUUCUCUACGUGACUGGUUUGCAGAAGACUCACCUAGAAUGAAGCUGCACUAAUAAAAUAAUAAUAAUAAUAAUAAUAAUAAUAAUAAUAAUAAUUUAUUUAUUUGUUUGUUUGUUUGUUUAUUUAUUUAUUCCCCACCCAUCUGGCUGGGUUUCCCCAGCCACUCUAGGCAGCUUCCAACAGAUAAUAAUAAUAAUAAUAAUAAUGUGAUAAAACAUCAAACAUUAAAAACUUCCCUAAACAGGGAAAGCUCACUGCCUGCUUUGAGGACUGGAUCCUGCCAAUAUUGUCUACACUGACUGGCAGUUGCUGUUCAAGAUUUCAGAUGGGGGAUAUUCCCAGCCCUGCCUGGAGAUGCUGGGGGUUGAAACAGGGACCUCCUGCAUUCAAGGCCAGGUGCUCUCCCACUCUUAGAUGUGCACUUAUCCUCAGCUAAAGAUGUGACUUGCAAGAGCACACCUGCACCUUUAAUAUGAGAACCACCUCUAAGAAAACAGGAAAUAGACCUCCUAUAGGUGGGAAAGAAAAGGGGGCAGUAAGAUAUUAUUCUUUGAUACAUUUUUUUGAUAAUGUUGGGGCGCUGCAGCUGUAUGUUAUCCUUUUGAUGGGUUGUUUUCUUGGAAUACAAGUUUACUCUGGAUCAGAAGUGCAAAGAAUGAUCUUCAGCCAAUAAUAACCAGAAAUAAACAUAGUUUUCAGCGGAGCUCUGCAAAAUGGUUGCCACAGCAACCCUCUGUGUGCUGUUGCAUCACAUACUAAGAAGAUGCUUGCCGUUAAAUCCAAAGCCGCAGCCAGGAGGAGUGCACUGAAUAUUUUCAAAGUAAACAGGCGAUGGGGCAAACUGGGCAUGGUUGUGUACAGGUUGUACCUUGUGUCGUAGAGAAAUGCUGUUUGAUCAUGGUGUCUAGAGCGCUGCGUGCCCUCGAGGAACACCGCUUGAUUUGGCCUGGUUCAUUAUGUUCAAACAAAAUUAACAAUGGAGCUAUGCCAACCUUCAACACUGGGCCAUUUCGAAGCUGAUAAUUGUAGCUUUAUCAACAGGUGCCUGAAUUUGCUUGCACUCUUCUUAGCAUUGUACCUAUCAGAUUGUGAGCCUGCUGGCACGGACCGUACAACAUGCAACAUUUAAAAAUAAUAUCAUUAUUUAUAAAUGGUGAUUAUGAUCAUAAUAACAACAGCAAUAAAAACUGAAAAAUGAUUUAGCAGCACACAGAAACUUGUGAAAAGGAAGAAGCUGGUUUUCCUUUCUUUCAUGGACAUAACUGUCAGCAUAUCAUCCAGUUGGCACUUGUCUAAAGUCCAUCUAAGCAGAAAAUUGGCAUUUAUCUGACCUUUGCGAAGGCGAAGCAAUCGGUUUGACCCAGCAGGCUCAAGAAAUAUGUGUGCUGUUUUCCAACGACGAACCUUUAAAAGAAAGUGGUGUCAUUUCAGUUUUUCAAAAAAUUGAGGAAAGAGCCGCCAUACAGUAAACUGUGGAGAAUGGUGAAUGAGUUCUGCCAUCCCCACUAUGCAUAGAGCCUAGGUGUAAAGAUCCCAUCUUGCUAAAACCAUGGUUUUGGCAGCCCAGAAUGAUUGUUGGGGACACAUUCUCCUCCCUUGGCCCCCCCUUCCAUUUCCCCCUCCCAUACACUGGGCGGGGUAUAAAUAAUAAGAUUAUGGUGGUGGUGGUGGUGGUGAUGAUGACUUGUUGCCUGAUGGCAAUUCUUACUUACCACAGCUGACAAGAAAAGUUGAUAUUUAAAAACCUGACUGUAAAUACCGUAUUUACUUGAAUCUAAUGUGCACCUUUUUUGGCCAAAUUACAAUGCAAAAAUUAAGGUGCGCAUUUACAUUUGCCAGCAUAUACUCUUUUUUUUUGUUUUUGUUUCAAGGUUUUGAAAAUUGAGGUGCGCAUUAGAUUCGAUGGCUCAUGUAAAUACGGUAUUAGGGGUUCUUGCGGGAGGUGGGGUGGGGGAAUUAUAGCAGAAAUGAAAUGUAAUAACAAGUGGGCUUAAAUGAGUGAAUAUAAUCCUCUAUCGUCAGAAAAAAGCUUACAAUAUUAAUCUGAUACAAAUACAAUUUCAAACAAUAAAAAAUCAAUAUAACAACAAUACAAGAAGCACAAUGACAAUUUAAAUAGGAGUCCACUAAAACAAAGGCAAUUAUAAUCAGACUUGCUCCUAGGCAACAUACCUAGGAUUGUAACCUUAACAGGCUUUCUGAAACAGGAAGGCUUCAAAGUACACCUAAAAGACCUAAAAUGAAAGGGAGCUUGGCAAAUCUCCCUGGAAAGUUAGUUCCACAAUUGUGGAGCUACCACUGAGAAGGCCCCUUUUUCCUCUUUUUCCUCAGUAUGGAAAGAAGAAGCUGAAAUACUUCCCAUAUAACCAUCAGCACGAAUACUUCUUUUUUGGUGAGUAUCUCCAUUUCCUUCUUUCGCUUUCCUACAUGUAGGUGCAGGCAGGAGCCUGCUUGAAAUUCCUUUGCGAUUAAACAGUUAUUCUUUAUGUCCUAACAAGCCCCUCCCUGUGUAGGAAAUAAGAUCCCUCCUGCUACAUUUCUGAUGUGCAGCAAUAGGGUAGAUCUCCUUUCAUUCACUUCUGAGCGUUCAUUGUAUUCCAUAUUUGGAAACUCAUAGAAUCCAGUCAGAACCAUGCCACAUAUUUCUCUCUUGACUCUAUCCUUUCUGCCAUUGUUUCAUUUUUAUCCCACCCCUCCAACGAGAAGCAGUAUACAUGGUUCUUCUCCCCACAUACUCCAUUUUACCCUCACAACAAUCCUGCAAUGUAGGGUAGGCUGAGAAGUUGUGACUGACUCUAGUUAAACUAGGAACAAGCAUCAAGAGAACCCUCCUGGGACUACAGCAUUUUAGAGUGUAAUUUUUAAGUAUUUCCUCAUGUCGUAAAUUCUCUGUAUCCAGAGAGCUAGCUAUUCUAAAACUGAGGUGCUAGUUCCUACAUACGGGGAAUCAUUUGUCCUAGUGGAGAAUUAAAACUUGGCAUUAGCCACCUGCACUUUGAAGUGGUUCAGAAUGCCAGUUAAAAUGGGUGGUUGCUGUUUUCUAGAUAGCUGAACUGGUUGUAAGUAGAAGCACUGGGCCUUUCUGGAACGGUGCAGAGGUAUCCUAGUCUCUUUAACAUCUUGAGAUGUUGGAUAGAACACAGACCAAAACAGAAUCUCUUGCCAUCUUUUCCCAGAGUGAUAGCACUUCCCUCCAGACCCUAACUUUCAUGUUAAGGUCAUUGUCCAGCUGCAGGGUGCCAUCUUAUGUUUCAUGCCUGCCUGCCUCCUCUAAUGCCUUCUGGUUUUCCUUUCAGUUUUUCCACCUCUCCUCAUUCCAGUUUACUUCCAAAUGCAAAUCUUCAUGACCAUGUUCAGACACAAAUUCUGGGCGGUAAGUGAAAGAUCCUCCAUACCCUGCAUUGCCUUCAUUAAAACCCAUUCAUUCCAUUGGAGUUGAAUGGCUUGGGCCACUCCAAGGAGAUCUUCCUGGGGGAAAUGAAGAGGCAUCUCUCUCCAUAUUCUGUGGAAGUGAGCACUGGUGGAAGGAGGGAGGCAGCAUUAUCCCUUGCAACACGUAACCUCUGCCUUUUCUCCUUAGGACCUGGCCUGGGCCUUCAGUUACUACCUACGCUAUUUCACCCUAUAUAUCCCCUUCUAUGGAGUUCUGGGAUCCUUGUGUCUCCUCACCUUCGUCAGGUAAAGUUUCCCUCUUGCUGAAACUCCCCUUUCCAACAGUGGAACUAAGGAGUGUCUUCAGAGUAGCCUAAUCACACUGUUUCUACCUCUUUCAGUCAUCCAUCUUUGGUCUACUACGCUGUAUUAUCUUUGCUGACUAGUUCUACCUCAGGCUUUGCUGCAUCCCAUCUCUUCCCAACUUAUUCCUCCCUUUUAGCUCUCUUUUUCUGAGGGAAAGUUUCCCUGUGCUUGUUUACUGUACACCAAAUGCUGUGCCGUGAAUGCAGCCCGAGAUCAGAGGAGGAGCAGGAGUGCACAGUUUUCAAAAGUGCUUCAUUGGUUUUAUUUAUUCAAGAGUUCUCAAACAUUCAACACAUUCACACAUGUUCUGCAGGGAUUUAGUUACCAGAGAUGGUUGCAAAGCAUGUUUGGAUCUGUUCUUUGAACUAGAAGGCUUUGGGAUUGCAUGGCAGGCCUCAGGAUUCCAAGGUCUUUUCAUUGUCACCCUCACCAUGGUGUUUCUUGUUCUUAAGAAUGCAAGUUCUUUUGCAUGGAUUUUCAUGCCCCCACUGGGGUACCUCUAGGCAAAUGAGUACAACUUUCCUGAAAUGUGACAUUCCUCUUCUAAGGAAUGUUGUGUUGCCAUCCCAUACUCUGGUAUUUUAAAUCCUGUUUAUUUCAGAUAGCCAUCAGCAGCUGGUCCUCUGAUAAUCUUUGCAAAAAGCUCACAUUCAUUAAAAAAAAAAAAAACCCAUUCAUUUGUCUUCAUUUAUGCAUUUCUGAAUUGAUCCUAUGACAAACAGUAAUAUUAUUAAGGUAACAGUAUGCAGGGUAUAUUAAAAAUUAUAUCUUCAGACUCAUUGGAUAAAUGACAGUCCUAUGAAUCUGGUGAACUCCCUCAAUUUAGCAGCCCUGGGCUUGAGGGGAAUCUGGCAGUGUAUCUGUGUUAGGCUGUUCAGAUAAGCUCCCAUUAUCAAGUGAAAAAAUAAUCAUGUACGAACCAGUCCUUUCUGCUACUAUAAUUGUCACUGACGAAAUCCCUUGGAGAAGACACAAAAAAAUGUCAAGCAGUCCAGUGGAAAAUUCCAGUUUCACCUCCUUCCCCAGUACUGUUGCCAUGAGUAAAUACAAGAAACACAGUCUGCUAUGAAGCUGGGGUGUCUAUUAUUUGGGGGGUUUCCUAGCCAGGUCACUUCUUCUUUGAGCUGCUUAAAAUGCAGGCUACCUGGCUACAGCAGGGGCAGGGAAUUGAUGGCCAAUAGAUGUAGUUGGACUUCAGCUCCCACUAGUCACAGCCAGCAUGGGCAGUGGCUAGGGAUGAUGGGAGCUGAAGUCCAAUUACAUUCUUUUAUCCCAAAUGAACAGCUGUUUUGUCUCUGCUUAGGAUAGAAAAUGAAUAUGCAAAUUAUUAAAUAAGUAAAUGGAAAGUGUCUCACAAUAUAGAAAGGCAGAGCAAAAUGCCAAUUACCCUUUCCACUGGAAAACCUAGCAACCACUAAGAUGUUUGUCUGCACAGAAUGGGGGAGGCUCUCCUUUGAUUAUUCAGGCAAGAAUUCCAUUUCCCCUGCACUAACGGAGCACAGUUUUGUCCAAGGAUUAAUCUAUCCAGAUAUACAAGGCUGAAUUGUGUGGUUUUUGUCUUUUUCCCCCCUUGUCCUUUUUUAAGGUUCAUGGAAAGUCACUGGUUUGUAUGGGUCACACAGAUGAAUCACAUCCCAAUGGAAAUCGACAAUGACAAGCACAGAGAUUGGCUCAGUGCUCAGGUAAACUGGGUCGCUAAAGUCUGAACUAUUGAAAUCUUGCACAGCCUUAAUGAGACAGCAAGGGCCACUGAACUGGGUGGGAUUUCUGGGAUUGCACUGUGGGGUGCAAUCUGGGGAAAACUUAAGCCUUUGUGUCCGUGUCAUGGGAUUCUUCUAAAAAUAAAGCUAACUGAGGAAGUUUGGUGCUGUGCAGGCAGAUCAGUGGGAGUGGCAGAUGGUCUCUGUCGAUGCCCCCACACUGCACCCAGCAGCUUCCCUUCUCUCCCUCCCAAUAAGGAGCAGUGAUUGCUGCUGGUAGGCCAUGUGCAGAGCAGCAGCAACCCUCCAAUUGCUCCUGACCUCUGCCAUAACUAACCCUUAAAAUUACAUUUUUGGUGGUAGAUAGCCCGUUCCCCAUUGAUAUAUGAGUGAAUGUCAUAUUUCUGACAACUGCACUACAGACUUCCAUGAAGUUCUUUGCUGCCAUCUAUACAAGGUAUAUUUGAAGUGGCUCCAGACCGCGUGUUAUAACUAUUUCCAACAUUAGAUUUCUUGGUUCAGGCUUCCAAAACUGAUGGGCCUAUUUAAGCAGUGCAGUGGCCAUGGGAAGAACAUUUGCUUAAAUUAGAUGGCCCUCAUUUAAACAAGAGGGCCACAUGGAAGCCCUUGCACAAUUACUAUUAUUUCUUAAUUUAUUAAACCUCUAUGUGCCAAAAUGGGCUUCUUGGCAAUUUUGAAAAUAUAAAAACCAGUGACACGAACUUUAAAAUAUAAACAUUCAUAAUUAAAAGAGGGAAUAAAGCAAUCCCCUUAAAACAACACAGCAAUUAAAACCGGAGAUUGGUAGAGAGAUCAAGGGAAUUCCUGUGUAAACAGGUGCAAUCUGAGACUUCCUUGGAUUGUGGCUUUAGAAUAGAAGAUGGCAGAGUGUGGCAUUAGAACCACAGACAGUGACAGAAGAGCAGAGCUUGUUAUGAAAUCCACUUGAUCUGCUUCCAAGUCUGGGCUUCAUUACGAUUCACUGUUUUGUCUCCUUGAAUUCUGCAGUUGGCAGCUACCUGCAACAUUGAACAAUCCUUUUUCAACGACUGGUUCAGUGGACACCUGAACUUUCAAAUAGAGCACCAGUAAGUAUGCAAUGUUUGGGCCUGAAGGAACUUUGCUAGAAAGAAUAGACCCCAUAAGAUACAAUAGAAUCCCCCUGGGGGAACUAGAAACCCAUAAAAAGGAAGGGCGAAAAGCAAGGUAAUUAUUACCUUGUUAUUUUUGAAAUAAUUAUUUCUAUCCCACACUUGCACACUAAGUGGUUACAGUGCCUAACAGCAAAAGAACAUAACAUUACAAUAUGAUUGAAAUAAAACCCCGGUGUUAGAUACAAAAAGCAGAAAACAAUUGCUCAUGAUGUUUGGAUGACUUCUGCUAAUGUUUCAGUGCUGGACUGUCUGCACUGACAACACACACACACACACACACCAGCACCAGCCAUGCACUCAGGCAGCAGAGUGGGUUGGCAGAGCCUUGAGGUGAUGUACAGGGAUGUUCACCUUCAAGCUACUAGAUGAGGAGGCUACUUUUGAAUGCCUUCCCAUGUUAAAAAAAUUACUGCAGGUAAUACCCAGCAUCAGGGUCUAGGAUUCUAACCCAGCCUCCUCCAUACAAUGCUAGUUUUCUACCAGCAGAGACCACACACUUGUAGUCUGAAGUGGGUACAGUCCCUUCUUCUACUACUACAUUUUGCUGCUUAUUCCUGUAAGCAAACGUGCAAGGCAGUGCAGUACAUUUCCCCAAGGACAGAAUCUAUGGAGGCCUUCCUCAAGCUUUCUCCUUUCUGUUUUACCAUAGCCUGUUUCCCACGAUGCCGCGCCACAACUACCACAAGAUAGCACCGUUGGUGAGGUCCCUCUGUGCCAAGUACAAUGUCCCUUAUGAAGAAAAGCCUAUCAUGAAAGCAUUCUCAGACAUUGUUGGGUAAGAGAACGGGCGGGGGUUUUCAGUGUGUUCACCUAGCGCAUCUAGAAAAUCUGGCAAGACAUCGCAAGGCCUGUAGCCCAUAUCCUUGGCAGAACCUUCAACCAACUCAACUGCUGUGCAGACAUUUGCCGCAGACAUGUUUAGAGCUGGGAAUUCUCUGCAAGUGAGCUUGGCCUGUGGACAUUACCUUGCCUAUUCCUUUUAAACCACAGUAGUUGCCAUUGGUCAAGCCAGCCAGCUUUGCUAGGUUGUUGUGAAAGAGAAAAGGCAGAGCGAGAUGAAAUUGACAAAUACAGCGUUUAUGAAACAAAUGAUAUGCUGGAACCUGGUAAUGGAAGGAGAAAAGGAGGCAGCACUGGAAUGCCAGGCACCUUAACAGGCAUUUAAAUGCUCCUGUGCAAUCCAUUGGAAGAACAGUCCAGGAAGACAAUGUGCCUUGGUCAUUAAAUAACUAUUGGAAUUCACAAUUUAAAUAUAGGUUGUUAUCAACAUGCUCUAUAAAUCCAGAUUUGGGAAGAUGAGUGUAGCCCUAUUCAUGUUUUUACUUGCAUGUAGGGCACCCAUGCAAGUAACAUGCAAGGAGGGACGUGGGUGGUGCUGUGGGUUAAACCACAGAGCCUAGGACUUGCCAAUCAGAAGGUUGGCGGUUUGAAUCCCCGUGACGGGGUGAGCUCCCGUUGCUCAGUCCCAGCUCCUGCUCACCUAGCAAUUCGAAAGCACAUCAAAGUGCAAGUAGAUAAAUAGGUACCGUUCCGGUGGGAAGGUAAACGGCGUUUCCGUGCGCUGCUCUGGUUCGCCAGAAGCGGCAUAGUCAUGCUGGCCACAUGACCUGCAAGCUGUCCCUCGGCCAAUAAAGCGAGAUGAGCGCCGCAACCCCAGAGUUGGCCACGACUGGACCUAAUGGUCAGGGGUCCCUUUACCUUUACCUAGGGCACACAUAUAUAGCAAGAGGAGCAGGACUGCCGUUGACAUUGCAUCCACCCUUGAUCUUUCCAUGUUGAUUGUGGAGGUCUGAAAGCGAGACUCUUCAUGCAAGCAGCUGCUCCUGCAGAGGGGCUGCAUGUGAAGAAGACGCUCACACAAUUGUGUGCCCUGCUUUGUGUGAAGAGUUUGCUUUCCAGUCCUCUGAAAAGGUUGGGGGGGGUGUGCAGCGACAGGAAUGCAACACCUGAGACAGGACUGAGAAGCAUGACCCCACCCCGUUGCUACAUGCGAGUAUCCUACGCACAAGUAAAUGCAGGAACAUGGCUCUAGAGACAAUGCCAACACUGGAAUGCCAUGCCUCUCUUCUUCUUCCUCCACAGGUCCCUAAAGAAAUCUGGAGCACUCUGGUUGGAUGCCUACCUCCAUAAAUGAAGCUGGGUUUCAACAAAGGGGAAGGUGUUAGGCAAAGGGGGGGACUGGGGGCUGGGGGUGUUCACAUAUGUAUUCUUAUCGUCCAAUUUCAGUGUGUAUCUGUGUGUACACAGCUUGAAGGGAAUUUCCUGUAUUUUAAAAUUGAUGCUGGGGUGGGUUCAGGGGAUCUAUUUAAAAUCAGAGAGGGUUUCAGACAGGUCAGUUAAUGUCCAUAGAAUCUGAAUGGAAAACGCUGAUCUGAACACGUGAUGGCUGAGAAUUGGACCAGUAGGGUGGGGGGGGGUAUUUUGAGAAGGGAGGGUGAGUGAAGAAGCAAAUAGGCAGAGAUGCUCUCCUGUUCCUCUUCCUGAGACUUACUACUUACUAUUAUUACUGUCCCAGACUCUCAGGUACUCGAUUCAUCUACACAGAUUUUAUUUUUCAAAGCAGUCAAGCUUCUGCAGAUGUUUGAAUUGCAAAACAAUCAUGGCUGGCUCUUUUUAACAGACUUGGGUCCCAUUUCCCCUUAAUGAUGCUGAAACAAGAGGAGGGAAGGCAAGAUAAGUUAAUCAUCGUGAUAAUAUUCAUUAUUUGUGAAGUGCCUCUGAAUGCAAAACUCAGAUAAAAUACAGGCCUUGCAUCAUAGGCUUACAUAGAAUCUUAGCGUUGGAAGGGACAUUUGAGAUCAUCUCAUCUGACUCUUGUUAGCCUCCAGCUGAGACAAUAAAUGCCAGAAGCAUGUUUCUGAAAAACAACAACAACCACCCAGUAACAAAAUAUUGUCACCAAUCUAAUGGAGAAUUAUUACAUUGGGGGAUUCUCUGCUCUCGGCUUUUUCAAAAGGAGAACUCCAAAGCCCAGGUCCAAGCAGCUAGGUCAGGUCUGUCUCCUUUGCUCAGAGCUGGUCCUUUCCAUGUAUGCAUGUACAUGUAUGCAGACCUUUCUCUCCAGUUGCCACACUGUUUGAACAAAAUUCCAUAUACCGUACUUGUUUUGCCUUGACGUUUCUGCAGGCCACUUCCCAUUCUCUGCAAUGGGGUGUAGUUCCCAUUCACCCUGGGUCAGCUAGCCUGAUCCAGCUAGGGACCACGUGUGCAAGGAAGCAGGCUUUCCAAUGUGUGCUCCUCACCAGAUAGGGGAUGGUGCACUUAAAUGGCUGCUGCAUGCAUGAUUCACCAGUCAGGUCUGCGCAUAUGCAGUUCCAGGGCAAAAGCAGACCAGGCUUCGGGAUGAGAAGCAGGCGCCAUCUGUUUAGUCUUCCCUCACUUUUUCCAGCCUGGGCAGCUGACUAGCUUUAUUCAGAGCUGCACGUGUGCGUGGGCUUUAAUUGGGCCACUGCGUUCUGGGCCCACAGGAGCAUUCUGCCUCUAGUCUCAGAUGUAAUAUCUGAGGGUCUGUCAUGAAACAAGGUACUCUCUACAGCCGGUAGUGACUUGCUUUAAAGAUUAAGAUUUGUUUCUGAAUCCAUUAACACUGACAAGAUCCCAGGUAACUCAUGUACAGUGUUGCUAUAUAGUUCAACCACCUUAGGUGAUUUUCCUUCUUCUUUGCAGCCUUGUCUAGCUCAUGAUCUCAGUUAAACUAGCUCAAAUAUUUAGGAAGCAUGCCUCUUGCCAUCCAUGCAAAAGUCUGUUGGUCAUAUGUGGAAAUACCCAGGUCACUCUUGGGGCAUCAAUUAAGUGUGUUGGGACAGUGGAGGAGGCCUAGGUUCACUCAGCAAUGAAGUUUGCAGGGUGACUUGAGGCCAGUCAUUUUCUCUCACCCUAAUUUGCAUCACAGGAAUGUGAGGAAGAAAAUGGAAUAAGCCCACAUAUACUACCCUGAGCUCCUUGGAGGAAUGGCAGGAUAUAAAUAAAAUAAAUACACCCAUGAGAACAUGCUUCCAGGGGUUUCUGGGAGUGCUCUCAUGGGCAACCAGUUUAUUCAGUGAGCCAGCUCAAUGGGCCAGAACCAUGAGAUAUGUGAAUGAGGCAUGUAUCUUCAAAGAUGGUUUCUGGGACUUUUCCCACAGUUCAUGGAUCUUAUACUUUCUGCCGACAAUUCUAGCACUGUAAAUAAAGUACACUGUUCAUCCACUUUUUCUACUAAUGACCACAUUUAAAUGCCAGCGGGCCAUUAGUAGAAAGACACCUUGCUGCCCACACCCAGUGAAAUUUUGGGUUAGUCCUUACUAACUAAAAGUUAAUGAGAUUGCAAUUAUUUCCGCUUCUAAUGCCUAUUCAGUGCCUCUUGACUAUUUGGCAGGUAAUAUAAAUCUUACUUGCCGCCAAGUAUGUGUAGCUACCAUACUUUAUUCAAUAGCAUUUCUACUGAGGGUCUGGAAACCCCUGGUUCCAGAACUAAAAGGAACAUUCCAUAUUUUAUACCCUUGAUACAUAAUAUAGGAAGUAAACACCAGAGUGUUAAUAGCACAACUACAUAUUGCCUUAAUCUACCUGGACAUAAUCAAGCCAAACUUGAGUAUUAAACAAAAAACACAACUGAGCAGUUUAAGCAUGUAAUUAAGUAUUGAAUCAUUACAUAAGUGCUUAGGUUUGGCUGAUUCAUGCCCUCUGCCUCUUUCUGGUUCCAUGAAUGCAGUGCUUUUUAAAAAAACUAAAAAAAAAACGAUGUGCCAGUAUUCAUAAAUUGAUAAAAGUGCCGUGGGUGCCAGCACAAAAUGGCUGCCAUGGGCAGCAAAGAAAAGAGAGGUGCUGGUGCCCCAAACCAGUCAGUACUGUCACAAAAAAGCCCUGCAUGAAUGUAUUUCAAUUUCUCUGCUCCAGCAGGAAUAACCACCCAAAAAUGUACUGUAGCAUCUCCUAUGCAGUCUUCCAAGAUGAAAGCUCAUUUGGUCUGAAGUCUUCUGAUUUUCUUGUGGUUCUGUUUGCCCAACCUUUGGUUCCAGAACAAAUUCUAUCAUACCUGUAGCAGCUUUCUACCUUGUUUCGCUCCACCCCAGCACCUUCUAAUCUUGUAUUCCAUCCUGCUCAGAUGAUUUCUCUUUGCUUAGCCACAGAAAUCUGGGGAUUCAACCAUUUCAACUCAAUAGCCUUCUUCUCUUCAGCUGAGGGCAAGUGCGGGCAACAUUUUGCCCUCCAGAUGUUACUCAGCUACAAUUAGCCUCAGCAAGCACAGCCACUGGGUAGAGAUGAUGGGACAACAUCUGGAGGGCAAAAUGUUCCCCACACCUGGCUUAGGGGGAAAUGCAGGCUGCAAUCCUAUACACACACUUAUCUGGGACAAAGCCUGAAUUCAGUGGGACUUCUGAGUAGGCAUGCAUAGGAUUGUGCGGUUAGUGGAUUAUUAAACAUUUAAGCAGGAGAACCAGUACUGCCAAUGACUGUGGGAAAUGGCAGUUGCAUCCUCUGAUAGUGAUAAGUAGGUGUUAUUUGGAAUAAAGAACAAUGUUGCUGGGACAAUCCACACAAGUAGGGGUCAGUAUGCAACUUAUACAGAGCAAUUCCUUUAGUGAAAAUGUAGCAAGUGCAGAAGAAUAUAGGUACAGUAAGGAGCCUAAAAUAGACAUUUUUUCUCUCUUGACUAAAACAAGCCCCAAUGGCUGUCUUUAUUCAGACCUUAGAAUCAUAGAAUUCUAGUCCAACCCCCUGCAAUGAAGGAAUCUUUCACCCAAGUUUCAUGCUCUAUUGACUGAGCUUGUUCAUGAGAAAAGCACAGAAUUGAGUGAUUGAAAUAAACAUUAGCAUUUGCAUUUGGGAGAUACUUUGUGUGUUGUGUUUCAUUGCUUUUGCUGAAAGACAAUGUUCCACUGCUCCCCAGACAUUAAAGCACUGAUUCUUAACUAAUGUGCAUGUGUGUCAAUAGGUAAGUUGUGAUAAUUGUAAAUACUAGCAGUCCUGUGCUCACAUUUUUUUGUCGGGUUCUCUUAUCAAACUAGUCCUGAGUCAAUUAUUUUCUGAAAGCUGUGUUCCUUCUUGUCUUAGAGGGGUCUUACAAAACAUUAGCACAAAGUAUAUUCGUCCAUAUUUGCAAAACAUGCGUAAAAACUACGUUUACUUGGGACAAGGGCUUAAAUGCUCUCUUUUUCCAAUGACAUAUCAGUCCCUGCCUAAUCUAACAUCAAAAUCCCCCACUCAAGGAAAGUUGUUUGUAAGGAAAAAUAAAAUUGGGACAAUAUUUAUUUAUUCUGAUCACAGGCCAAGGUGGUGCUAUGCAGUUCCCAGGCAGUCACCCACCCAGGCGCUGACCAGACUCAGAGCUGCUUAGCCAUCUGUAUAAUGCAUGAUGUUAGCAUGGACUAAAAUCCAUUCCUGGGUGAUAUCUGAGCUAGACAAAAGCAUAUACAAUUUCCACAUUGAGAUUGUAUUUCUAACCCAGGAUAUUCACUGAGAUUCACCAAUGCUAUUGGACAAAUAUAGCCCUCGGCUUGUUUUAAGCAAUGUAGAAAAUCAAAGCUUUCACAUGGUUUUGGCCAUUAGCAAGGCAAAAUUAAGUGUGCUUUCAUGGAAACAACACAUGCUAGGGAAAAAAAUCCAUCUUUUCUCUUUCUCCUUCUCCAGUCAAGUAAUAAUGUAAUGGUGCAUUGAAUAUUUUGAUGGCUUUUGCUCAUGAGGAAUAAUGAUUAAAUGAGUGAAGAAUGGGAUAUGUUCUUGCUGCAUUUCAGCCAUUUUGUUAGGCUAUGGCAUGUCUCGAGUGAUGUCUACUUAGCGGAAAGCAGCGCAUGUUCUGGGAAUUGUUGCUUCUGUAGCAGUUGGAGGGUUCAAAGGUGAAAUGGAAGCAAGCAUUCCAUUCUAGAACCCUUGGGAAAGGGGAGGAAAGAAGGAGGGGAGGAAAGUUGGGCUAAGUAGGAAAAGUAAAGGCAUGUGAGAGCAGGGAAGUAUUAGAUGCAAUGUGUGAGAGGGGGAGAUAGUAAACUUAAGUAAGACAAAACCAGUCUUCUUCACUCUUUAGGGUGUAAUCAGUGGUGGAAGGAUGCACCAGGGGCAAAGAGCAAAUACAUUCUCAAAAAAAGAAAGUCAGUUGCAGCCUCUCUGGUCUAGAUUUGGAGAUCAUCUUAUGCAGGAGUGGGCUACAGAUUCACUCCCCUACUUCACAAAUUGGUGAUAAGCCGAGUCAGCCGUACAGCACUAUACGUAAUGAAAUGUGAUGGGUAGGGACCCAAGACCUCCUGAUAUUGCUGGAAUACAAUCACCAUCAACACUGACCAAUAAGCCCAUGUGUCUGAAAGCCAGCUCUAAAGAUCAUGUAAUGUAUGUGGUACAGUCCUCCCAGGACUUACCCACCUCAAAUGAAACUACUAUUCCAUGUUUUCAUGCUCACCCAUGUCAAACACAUUAAUGCACAUGGAAAGCUAAACACGCCGAGGAUAAACUUUGUUCCAUGCAGUGAGGUGGUUAUUUCUUCCUUUCAGUCAUAACAUCUGAGCAUAUAAUAAAACGUAAAAUCUAGAUUCAGCAAGUGAGUCCUGUCAAUGGAAGCCCUAAGGGCUUCCACAAUGGGGCUAGCUUCCCAGGGCACACUGCGAAUUGGCUCUAGUGGGGUUGGAAGAACUCUCGGAAGAGUGAAGCAGGGGAGGAGAAGGUGCAUUGUGCCAUCUGGAAAGGCAAAAGGCUUGAUGGAACAAUCGCCUUAGCAUUUACAUUGAUUGUGUAGCUACUUGGAUCUCAUGCGGCUAUCAGUGAUACAAAAGCAGUUGAAAACGGCUAGGCUGCAAACAUAUCACAUUAAAGAUUGGAUUAAUAGAGCAGAAUUUGGGCACUAGAUAUUAGUAAUGAAAUAUCCACACAAUUAUGGGUUUUAAUGGUUAAGUUGCCAAAUGUUUAACCUCAAAAGCAAAAGCUCUAUUUUCAGCAGCUUUCCCCCCAUCCCAUUCAAUCUUGUAGUUUGCAGGCUUUUUUAAAAAAAGAAAAUGAGUUAUUCUAACAAAACCCAUAAACCUACAGUGUGGUCUAGUGGUAGUCAAAGAAGGCUUUCUUUACACACAAAAGCUCCAAUGUGUAUCGGUCCCUAAUUCAAAUUUUGUUGUUAGGAAAUCAAUUUACCUAUUUUUUAAAUGUCUGCUGUUAAGCUCAAUAAAAUCAUAGCUGUUGAAUAC